UUUCAUCAAUGGCAAUAAAUUUGUUUUUAAAGAGAUACUCAAUGACAAUUCUCAACGUGUGAUAUCGCACGUCAUAUAUUUUGACGGAAUUAAACGUUAAAAAAAAAAAAAACGGUGAAAUUGUCGCGUGGUUCUUGUCGCACACUAGGUUUAUGGAAUAUUAAAAAUUUAUUACAAAUGGUAAAUGGCCGAAAACGGCAGACUGGUGAUACUGUGCAAAGGAUUGUCCGAGAAGAAUGACAGGCAAGAGACGUAUGCGAAGAUAUUGGAAUCAGCUGGUUAUGCUUGCGAGUGCUUACGUACCUUGCGAUUUGAAUUCGUGAAUAUUUCGGAAUUGCGAGAGUGUCUUUUAACACCAGAUAGAUAUAGCGGUUUAAUAUUAACAAGUCCUCGUACAAUCGAAGCCAUCGCGUUAGCGAUAAUGAAAGAACACGCGAGCGUUCUUUGCGAUUGGAAACAAGUGGCGACUUACUGUGUAGGACCUGCUACAGAUUCUCUCGCAAGGAGUCAACUUGACUUGCAACAUUGCAUCGGUAGCGACUCCGGCAAUGCGAAACAGCUGGCCAAACAAAUUGUUCUCGAUGUCAGAAGAGAUUCAAAACCAUUACUUUAUCCAUGCAGCGAGAUCGCGCGUGAAACCAUAGCCUCUGUUCUCAAUGACAAUGGAAUUUCGGUGAAGAAACUCGUGGUUUAUAGAACCUUGGAAAGCGAAUUGUUAGAACAGGAUUUAAUGGAAGUGAUGAAAAAAUUUCCUAGCAUAUUUGUUUUCUUUAGUCCGUCCACUGUAGAGUUCGUUGCGGCACGACUUGAGAAAAAUUCUUACAAUACAAAGGAUAUAAAAGCAGUGGCAAUAGGUCCUGUGACAAGAGAGGCGUUAAUCAAGUUUGGUUUCAAAAUUUACGCCACUGCGGAUAAACCUGAACCAGCAGCUUUGAUGCGUGCAAUUGCAACAGCUGAGAAUGCACAGUAGAUUUGAGAGUAAAACAGAUUCUUGCU